AUGUCCGUCCCAGUAACAGCUUCCCCAGCCACCGCGCCUCCCAUCGACGUGAGCAACCUCUUCUCCGUCAAGGGUCUCGUCGCCCUCGUCACAGGCGGUGGUUCUGGAAUCGGCCUAAUGCUAACUCAAUCCCUCGCCUCCGCCGGCGCCAAACGCAUUUACAUCGCCGGCCGCCGCCUGUCGGUUCUCCAAUCCGCCGCCGACCGCAUCAACUCCUCUCUUCCUUCAACAAAAGAACCAGUAGUCGUCCCCCUAGAAUGCGACGUAACAUCCCCCACCUCCCUCUCCUCUUUAGUGUCCACCAUCUCCUCCGACCCGUAUACAGGAUACUUGAACUUGUUGCUUUGCAACGCCGGCGUCGGCGGGCCGCAGGUUUCCGCCGUGAACAAGGAGACCGGCGAGCCCAAGACUCUCAAGGAAUUCAGGGAACAGAAUCUGGCGGUGGAUUUUGAUAAAGAAUGGGAGCAGACGUUCAGGGUCAAUGUGGGCAGUGUGUGGUAUACGGCUAUGGCUUGUUUGGAACUUUUGGACAAGGGGAACCAAGUUGCUGCUACUGAGGGGGUAAAGGAGGGGGUUUGGAGGGAGAGUAGCAGUCAGAUCGUUGUGACGAGCAGUAUUGCGGGUUUAAACAAGGCGGCGCCGGGCGGGUGGGCUUACGGGGUGAGUAAGGCUGCGGCGACGCAUGUGGGGAAGCAGUUGAGUGUGCUGUUGCCUAGGUGGGGGAUUCGCUGCAACGUAAUCUGCCCCGGCCUCUUCCCCUCCGAAAUGGCCGCUCCCAUCGUCCAAGCCGCCGGCGGCUCCAUGACCGGCGGAGGCGUCAUCCCUCUCGACAAGAAGAUUGUCCCUCUCGGCCGCAUGGGCGAUGAGUUCGACAUGGCCGGGCAAAUCCUGUACCUGGCUUCGCGGGCCGGAGCGUAUCUGAACGGAAACGUGAUUGUUGUUGAUGGUGGACGGCUGACUACGAUGCCUAGUACGUACUAG